AUGCUUAGGCCGCAAAAUGUGGAUUCCGACCAUUUGCUCCCGAAGGCGGAGUGGAGUGCGAGCGUCGGCGGCGAGUACGACAGCUGGGAGCUGAGGCGCAGCCUCUUCCAGGCGCUGCUGUACGCAGCCGGCUCCGAGGUGCUUCGGUUUCUCAUCCGCCGGGUUUUCAGUGUGGACGAGAAGAUUGGAGAUUUCGGCGCUUUCAAGGGCCAUUAUGCUGCCUGGCUUAAUGACACGGGCCUUGUCCAGGUGAUGGCCUAUGAUGGCAUUGCGAAUGUAACAUCCAUGACGGGUGGCAAAGUGCAACAUCAACAGCUAGGCCAGCUUCACAUGCAGCAAAAUCGGCUGCCGCGCUUUGAAAUCUCAUCGGCAUCGCGAGGGCAGCGCUUCGAUCUCGGCCGACGCUUUGAUUGGGUGAUGUCCCUAGAGGUUGGAGAGCACCUCCCUUCCACAGCAGCCUCGACUUUCUUGAGUAACAUCCGCCGCCAUGCUGUCAAAGGUGCAGUCAUCAGCUGGGGGACGCCGGACUUUCCGUCGGUUCACCAUCCCAACCUGCUCACAGAGGUGCCAAUGGUGAUCGGUGGCAACAAGUGA